GCACUAUUAAAGUGUUUUCAUUUAGCCGUUUAUUUGCAUUUGUUCCCCAUGGGCCACAAACUGAAUACAUAUGUGUACUCCAACAGGUUAACCUGGAACUGGACGUCCAAGAAGACGAAGUCCAAGGGUCGAGUUACAACUUCAACGCGACAGCUCACAUUGUCCAGUUAAGUUGUCAGGCGACACCAUCAUUCUGGAUUUUCAACAGGAUAUGAGCGACUUGGCCAUGGAGGGCUUGUGAUAAACCGCAGCAAUAAAAAGGCAAAUAUACACGUAUAAUGGGCAGCCGAAGGAACGGUUUUAACAAGGAAAGUUUUAUUCUCUCGGUGGAUGUUGGGACAACGUCAAUCAAAUGUCAUGUAUACGACAAGGAGGCUAAAAUCCGAGGAUCAUGUACCAACAAGGUUGUCCUCAUGUAUCCAGAAGUGGGGCAUGUGGAGAUGGACCCAGAUUCACUGUGGAAAGGCUUUACUGCUGUGGUCAAUGGAGCUGUGCAAGAUGCAGGAGUACAAAUGAGCCAGAUAGAGGCCCUUGGCAUAUCCACUCAACGAGCAACCUUCACAACCUGGGACAGGCAAACCGGAGAUCCUUUCCAUAACUUCAUCAGCUGGCAGGAUCAACGGGCUGCAGAUCUGGUGAAGUCCUGGAACAGAUCCUACACCAUGACAGCUAUCCAUAGCUUGAUGAAGAUGGUUUACUUCCUGACCCGGCAGAAACGUUCCCUUGCAGCGAGUGUCAUUGUGUUUUCUGCUCAACACGUCACUUUUCGACUGGUCUGGGCCCUGCAACACUACACACAGGUUUGCCAAGCCAUUGAUAAAGGAAACUGCUGCUUUGGGACGAUAGACACCUGGCUUCUUUUUAAGCUCACAAAAGGAAGGGUCCAUGCGACAGAUUUCUCAAACGCAAGUUCAACAGGAAUCUUUGAUACUUAUCAGAUGUGUUGGAGUGGCUUUCUCUGCUCUCUUGUGUCUCUGCCUCUCUCUAUUUUCCCAAAAGUAGAAAACACAGGACACAGCUUCGGCUCCACCGACCCAUCAGUCUUCGGAGUGUCCAUUCCCAUCAUGUCAGUGAUGGCAGACCAGCAGGCAGCCAUGUUUGGAGAGUGCUGCUUCGACGUCGGGGAUGUGAAGAUCACCAUGGGAACAGGCACCUUCAUGGACAUCAACACUGGGAGCAAGCCACACACGUCCGUCACAGGUCUCUACCCUCUUGUGGGAUGGAAGAUCGGCUCAGAGUUGGUGUACCUGGCGGAGGGAAAUGCCGCAGACACGGGCACCGCCAUCAAGUGGGCGCAAGAACUGGAGCUGUUCUCUGACGUCCAAGAGACCAGCGCUAUGGCGUACAGUGUCAGCGACUCGGACGGUGUGUGCUUCGUCCCCUCCUUCAGCGGCCUACAGGCUCCUCUGAAUGAUCCAAAAGCCUGUGCUUCCUUCAUGGGCCUCAAACCUUCCACCACCAAAAACCAUCUGGUCCGGGCCAUUCUUGAGUCGGUCGCCUUCAGAAACAAGCAGCUGUACGAGACGAUGCUAAGAGAGACAAACAUUCCCAUCACAAAAAUCAGUGUGGAUGGUGGUGUAUCCUCCAACGACUUCAUCAUCCAGCUGACCGCAGACCUGUUUGGCAGAAAAGUGAUCAGACCCCAACACCAGGAGAUGUCUUGUCUUGGGGCUGCUUUUGUUGCUGGACUCGGAGUGGGCUUCUGGAAAACCCAGGAAGAGCUGAAAAAGCUGCAGAGCACAGACAAGGAGUUCUUGCCCCGGAGGGCAGCGACGGAGGGGGCCGUUGGCCCCAGCUGGGAGUACAUCCCCGUCCUCCAGAGCUGGGAGAGAGCCCUUCGGCGCUCCAUGAACUGGUAUAAACGCUGACCCCGGUCACACCACAUAGGAAGGGCCAGGCUUUGGACAAAGAGGAAACAAAUGUUUAAACCGGUUUAAACAGCCAACCAGAUGCGGCUUUGGAGGAACUGAAUGCCGGUCCACACCCUCAAAGACACGCCACAAUCUUCUGAUGACGGUGACUCGAUUCACCAGCAGUUAGUAUCACUCAGGAAUGUGCAGUCUGUUUUGUAUUUUAACUGGUUCGAAUAAUGUAUCCGGCCCUGAUGACAGAGUUCUUGAUAACUGGAUCAAAUGAUUGAGACCCUAAAUGACUGCACAUAGAACAGCUGUUACAUAAAACCACCCACUUCUGACAUGAACUGACAUACUAAUUAUUUUAUUUCCAGGCUUUUCUUUACAGCUGAUAUGCAGUUUUACAUUUUUCCACAGGGGGGCGCUAUUCUUUUGUCAUUAUUCCUUUGUAUUUCCAUAGCAACCAUGUGCCAAAGUGUUAAGGAGACAGGCUGACAUUUUUUGUGAGAUUCACACUGGAGACAUUAAGACCACAUUAAGAAAAAUGGACCAUUCAAGACUAAUAUUUUAGAUUUUAAAAAAUGAUGAGCCUGCAUCCUGAUUGCUUUUGACAAAAUGUGAACUUGUGGGGGGGGGUAUCCUUUCAUUUACAUCAAUGCCAUCUGACAUUGUUGGAAAUGCUUUUGGUUUCUUGGUAAGGGCACGUGUCCAACAGCAGUCAACUGGAAAGCGUAUAAAAAAUAAUUGUGACGGAUUGAAAGUGUUAAUUGUAAAGAGUGAGGAACACAAUAAGUAAGAAUUUACCAAUUCUGUUUUAGUUUCAUUGUUAGUCCUUGUCGUUCCUAUUUCACUGCUGAAUUUUCCCACAAGAAGCAGCCACGUUGGUGUCAUAUGAUGUUUCUGUUUCGUCUGACCUCAUGAACUUUGAUGACAUUCCGAAAAAACUCUUGAUUGUUCUGUAAAGACGUGUGCCCGCACCCACGUGGCACGAAUGACUUCAGAAACACAGACAGGGAAACUCUCUGGACCGUGCCUUUCGCCGGGCCUUCGCUCGGGUCCUCUUACAUUGUCGGCCACGGCGAAAUGACCACAUUGCAUUCGCACUGCGCUUCAGGUCGGGGCGCGCAAGACUUUUCUAAUACUUGAAGUUCAUUCUGUUUUAGAAUGCCACGUGUUAUCCCAAACUAGUGGGGGGAAAUUAACCUAACAUUUGUGUGAUUAUUCGUUUCCCCAGAGGCUUCAGGUACACUGUAUGCUGUGAACAAACUGUCAAUAAAAAGGGGAACCGUCGGCUGUGGGCUGCUGGGA